AUCUUUUUGUCCCCUUCUUUCACAACAUCUGUCACAGAGAUGUGUGUCACGCCAGUCUGUCGUUGUUCAUCUUAUUUAAGUUAUAACGUGACGGUCAUUUGCCAUACAGACGACGUAAAGAACGACUUAAACCAUUCCAUAAAGAAGCCGGAGGAAAUCGUCGCUCUGUACGUAAAUAGCUAUGACUCAUUAUUUUACAUUCUUUCUUUCUUCUUCUCUUUCCGUCUUCUUUGUUAUAGCUUGAAAUCGUCUUUGAAAAUGUUCCUAAGUACGUCAGUGAAGAAUUUGGUGUCCCCACUGAAUUGAAGAGGAAAGAUGCGAGAUAUUUUUAUGUCAGUGAUCAUUGCUAAUGCUGAAAAAACUAAAAACUUUCACUCUCCUGCAGCAUGAAAAAUGCUGAAAGAAUUUCACUCUCCUGCAGCAUUAUCGAGUUAAAUUUGCUCAAUUCUUCAGUUGGGCACUUUGCAACAAGAACUACUUAAUUGUUCUGUGCUGGGUUACCUGAAGCCCAACUAAAACUAGUCUCUGUUUGGUGGAAACAAAAAGCAAACUUGAUACUGGUACACGAACAUUCGUCGUCCAAGAACAAUGGCGGUACUCACUGAAAUAUAGAACCAAAAAUAAGAUACUUAAUAAUACUUAUUCGGCGCAAAUAUCUAUAUGAAUAUAUUCAGAUGCGCCUUACAAGUUACAAACCCACCCAACCCAACCCAGGGGAGGACAUCCAUCACACAGUAAUCUCGUGCGUGGGAAAUUAACGUCUCCUACCCCAAACCCUGCAAGAGACGGGACCUCCGGCUUAACGUCUUAUCCGAGAAGACGAAUAAUCAUGUAAUAGCAUAACAUACUUAAUAAUACUUAUUAAAUGAAGAAAAAUUAGAAAAAUGCCUAAUGACGACAUAGAUAUUAGGCUCAAGUAGAAGUGAGGUUUAUUCGAGUUUCCUAACAAACUAUAUCACUUUGACCAAAGGUUAUUCUUUUUUAGUACUGUCGUAGAUGACAACGCUACCAAUAUACCAGAAGGCACAUUUGUCAAGUUCAUCAAUUUGAAAUAUCUGUAAGUAUUUUAGUAACUUGUGAUCAAAUAUAACUUUUUGGUUUAUUCGUUUUGUUCUCCCUUGCCUUCAAGCUAAUUUUUAUGUUCAAAGAAUACUCGUUUUCACUUAAAGUUUGUUAAAUCAACCUAUCUGAGGAGCACAGCAACAUGGUCUAACAAUAUGGUGUAAGACAUGGUUUGAUGCUACCCUGGUUUAAGGAUUUAAUAUAUGUACUCGAGAAGUUACAAUUCAUAGAACCAACCUUUCGACACUCCUGUCUAAUGCCCUCAUUAGGGGUGAUCUAAUCGCUGCAACAACGAAGAGGACCUUUUAUAUGCUCACUAAUUGGUAGCGUCGAUUAGUGGUGAAAAUUGAUAAAUCACCACUAAUCGACAUUACCAAUAGCACCUUUAUUUGGAAGCCUGUCCGCGCUCCCUUAAAUCGCGAUGAUGGCGGCUUAAUACCUGAUGCCUAUCUGACCUCGUCCGAAAAAAGGGCAACUAAUUAGUGAGAAUAUAAAAGGACCUCUUCUUGCAGUGAUUAGAUCAACUCUGAAGAAGGCACUAGACAUGAGUGUCGAAACGUUGGGUCUAUGAAUUGUAAGUUCUCGAUUACAUUCAUUAAAUCUUUCACCAAAGUAGGAUCAAACCAUGUCUGAUUGUCCGCCUGGUUGCCUUGUGAACUUUAAUAUGGUGAAAGAUUUCCCAUUGUGAAGCUCGAUUGGGUUCAACAGUUUCGUUACCAUUGAUAUUGACACCUGUCAUAUAUAUAUAUAUAUAUAUAUAUAUAUAUAUAUAAUGUAUAUUUAUAUAAUAUAUAUAUAUAUAUAUAAUAUAUAUAUUUAUAUAAUAUAUAUAUUUAAACCCCUGAAGAGUGAAGCGGUUCACGAUCGACUUGCAGACUUCCUAUAUAUAUAUUAUGAGAGGAAAAAACGACGCAACUACAUAUCCCGACAAGCCUGUUUCGUGAAUCGCUUCACUCUUCAGGGGUUUAAUUAAUCCCCUGAAGAGUGAAGCGAUUCACGAAACAGGCUUGUCGGGAUAUGUAGUUGCGUCGUUUUUUCCUCUCAUAAUAUUUAUUCUGCUCUACUUCAACGUAUUGAGCACUCUUCCACGCGAAAAUCGACCUGCAGACUUCCUAUAUAUAUAUAUAUAUAUAUAUAUAUAUAUUACCAAGUUAAAAACUUAGCUCGAAGUUGUUUCGUGAAUUUAUUCACCUCUAAGUAAGCUUUUUUGGCUAAAAAAAGAUGGCCUUGGUAUAUACCUUUGGAUAUAAUUUCGAAUUUUCUUCGAAAAAAAAAAACGACCAUGGUGAACCUAUUAGGUACAUACAUUAAAUCUAUUUAACUGACAUAAUAUGUUUUUACCGAUUAUUCAUCGAAUUGGAUAUCUACUAAGCUGUCAAGCAGCAAGGUCAAUAUCCACAAUUUUCACUUACAUCAAGACUAUUGAAUAACUGUUGUAGUAUAUACCACAUACGUAGAAACCAUAGAAUCAAUGUAGUUUUUUUCAAUAUACCGAAAAAUGAUCGCAAAUUAAACCCUUGACGCGUGAUUCGUCUCUUCGGCUGCUCGAAGAAGUUUGCUUGCUAAUCACCUCCGAAUUAACCCAUGCGCAAAAAGCACAUCUCAAAGAUGUGGUAUAUGUAUUAACGAUCAAUAUGUACAUUGAAUGCCGUUUGAACUGUAAUGCAAACUCGCGAUUAAUUACCAGUUUGCUUUUCUCAAAGGGAACUCAAAUUCAAAAACUUGAAAACCUGGAAUGGGAAUAUUUCCCGCGAACUACCUUCUCUCGAAGCAAUUUCAUUGGUGACCGAGAAUACCUUUGUUCCUCCUUCACACGUUCUCAAAGCGUCAAGCCUUCAGCGCAUCUCUGGUGUUACUUGGAGCAGUGCUUGCAACAACAAGACACUUAUAAAGAACCAAACUCACUCAAACGUGACGCUUUUCAAGAAAGGGGUGUAUGACAUUUACCCAAAGUCACGCUGUCGAGGUUCACGCUACCUUGUCGAAUCCAUAUCUCGCUUAUUUGCUAAGUAUGGAUUUGUAAUUGCUUUCGAUGAAAAAUGCUUCACCUCUGAAGUGACAGUCAUCCCAAUGCAUCGAUGCUGGGACAGUGCUAAUGAAGCUCUAUAUAUUGAAUACCUGUUAACUCCAUUAAUAAUAAUCUUCAACUUGACAGUGUUUUUUACAAUGUCUACCACAAAAACACUCAGAAAACUACCUUGUAUGUUAUUAGUUGCAAAUUUGGCCUUGAGUGACUUUUUCCUAGGAGUGUACACCCUUGCUAUCACGUCAUCACGUCACGCUAUGACUUAUCAAGCCUUCGUUGGCGUGAUGAGCUCUUUGUGUCCAGCUAUUGGUUUUGUGUGGGUUGUCGGGCAAUUUGCAGCAGCUCUUUCUUCAUUGCUGUUGACUACUGAACGAUACAUAGCGAUUAUCUUCUCCAUGAGACCAAGUAUCUCUGUCACAGCAAAGGUAUGCCUCUAUUGCAUGGCUGCCUCGUGGGCAAUAGCUGUAUUUAUGGCAUCCCUUCCAUUCCUCGGUGUGGGAACAUACACUACGACUACCUUCUGCCUUCCGAUCCAGCCUGCGAAGGGAAUCCCUCAUUCGUUUGCAUACAGCGCCAGUGUCGUCGCAAUUGGAGUUUUGUUGUACAUAAUCACUAUUCCCAUGUAUCUCCAUAUUUUUGUCCAUGUGAGGAACUCAGGAAAUCAAAUGGGUAUAAAGCGAGAUGGAAAACUGGCCAAAAAGAUUUCAAUCUUGGUCACAAGCAAUUUGAUGUUUUUCCUUGUUCCUGUGUUUAUAGGAGUAUUAUGGUUGAUGACUCAAACUUUCAACAAAGUUUCUUUAACGACCAGAGAAAUUUUGGUGGGUUCAUUAACAACUGUUUGUUUUAGCAUCAACUCCUUUUUAAAUCCUCUUCUUUAUGCAUUUAGAGACAGAAGGUUUCGAGUGACAUUAAAGCAUAGAUUACACCGUCUUAUUCAUCCAAACACCACUUUUGUGCAACACGUCAGCUAUAGAUCAGCGGCCGAUACAAGAUCUAAUGCCGGGAACACUAUAAAACUUAAAUAG